AUGGCGGAUAAAUCAGAUUUAUCACCGAUUAAAAGAGAAAACGAUAACGAUUUCGGUUUGAUUGAAGUUAAUGAAAAUGACAUACCUGAAAAUUCAGAAGUUUACGUCAUGGAAGAACCCGUUGAAAUACAAGAUAAAGAUGGCGAUGAAAUAUUAGAAACGGCAAAUAAUAUUGUUUUCAGACCAUUGUUCAGAUAUAGAAACAAACAACAAGCGAAUUUAAGAAGAGUUUCUCCAGGUUUGAGAAGAAGAUAUUUCAGUUUAAGCUUUUGA